GAGGUCCUGUUUGCUCACACUCCAUAAUGGAGACACUCAUUUCUGCAGUUCUUGGUGAUCUUGCUGGCAGAGCCAUAUCAUUCAUGGUAGACAAGUGCCGUGAGCAGAGAACCGAGGAAGACGAUCUGCAGAGGCUGCAUCAGCUGCUUCUGAGGUCACGUGUCAUCAUCGAGGAGGCUGAGGGGCGGUGUAUCACCAACCAAGGGAUGAUCUGUCAGGUUAGCAUUAUGAGAAAGCAAAUGUUCAGAGGGUACUACCUUCUCGACACCUACAAGUGCAGAGAGAAGAAGACCAGCAAUGAGGAGGUGAGUCGCUCCCUGUUCGUUCAAUCCAAAUUUAAUCCCGCAAAGCGCUUUCGCCGCCUUUCUAGCAGCACUCAAAUUGAGAGCAUAGAAGUUGGUAGAGACAUCAGGAAGGAGUUGAAACAAGUUGUUCUUGCCCUGGAAAGCAUGGUUGCUGAUAUGAAGGAGUUUGCUAUAUUUCUAACGAGCUAUCCUCGCAUGUGCCGCCAACCUUAUAGUGCAUAUUUAUUUUUUGACAAGUGUAUGUUCGGUCGCCAAAUGGAGAGGGAACAAGCCAUCAGCUUUUUGCUACAAGCUGAGCCUCUAGGGGGUGAGAAUUUGGGUGUCCUUCCGGUCGUUGGUCCUGGACUUAUUGGGAAGAGCACCCUUGUGGCACAUGUUUGUGACGAUGAGCGUGUGCGCAAUCACUUCUCCUCGAUCUUGCUCUACAGCGGAAAUGACCUUAAAGAUGAAACUGCAAUGACUUUUAGAGAUCAUUGCGUGAUCAAGCAUCAAAAUAUUGCCUCGGGUAAAGAAAGCCGAUCAGAGAAGAUGGUGAGGUUUGGAACAACGGAAGCCAUCAAGCUAAGUUGUUUGUCUAAAGAAGCUUACUGGUAUUUCUUCAAGAUGCUCGUGUUUGGAAGCACGGAUCCGGAGGAGCACCCAAGGUUAACAUCCAUAGCCAUGGAGCUAGCCCUCAGGAUGUGCGGAUCUUUCAUCUCUGCAUAUGUUAUUGCCGCCUUACUGAGCGAAAAUCACAGUGCCUGGUUCUGGUGCAGGGUUCUCAGAAGCUUUAGGAAGUACAUGCAGAAGAAUUUAUUAUUGUUCGGUGAAUAUCGUGACGUGGAUAAGUCUCGGUAUAUUAUGACCAUUGCUGAAACAAGGGGAGUUUCUGAGGAUCUUAAGCUCUUUCUGCUCUAUCCUAGUUAUCAAAAAGGGCCGGCUGCUCAGGGCGAAGUUCCGAGGAUAACAGUGGUAGAUGUUCUAUUCAGUAGAUGGAGCACUGUGCCACACAGGGCAAAUUUGAGGUCUUGUGCUGGAGGUCUCUCAUACCACCAUACUACAACUACAUAUAUGCUUCUGUUGGAAAGUAUGGAGGAAAAAUGCGAUCUGGUUAUUGAUUCCAAUGGUGCAAACAUUCAGCGUCAAGUGUCCACCAUGUUGACCUCUAAAGCAAAACUGCUUUCAGCUGACCGCUCAAAGUCACCGAGUCAGCAGCUUCCUAAUUCCCUCAAGCUCAGAGCACCACUAGCUGGUGAAUGGCUGGGAGGGUUCCUCUCAGUGCACCUGACUUGGCAACUGCUUAAGUCCUUCAAGCUCAGACCACCAUCUAUCUGGAGAGAGGCUGGGAGGGGUUGUUUGCGCUUCGUGAUGGAGGCGCUCAUCUCCGCAGUUCUUGGAGAUAUUGUCAGCAGAGCUAUAUCUGUUGUGGUCGACAAGUGCCGCGAGCAGACAACCACCGAGGAGGAUCUUGAGAGACUGCGCCAGCUGCUUCUGAGGAUAUCUAUUGUUGUCGAGGAGGCCGAGGGGCGGCUUGUAACAAACCGAGGGAUGAUCCGUCAGGUUUGCAUGAUGAGAGAGCAGAUGUUCAGAGGAUACUACCUUCUCGAUGCAUUCAGGUGCAGAGAGAAGAAUACCGAGGAAGACGAGGUGAGCCACUGCUCUUUCGCUCGGUCCGCAUUCAGUCCAGCUAAGCGCUUUCGCCGCCUUUCUAGCAGCACUCAAACUGAGAGCAUGAUAAUAGCAUGUAGAGAAAGAAGCAGUAAGGAGUUGAAACAGGUUGUACUAGGCCUAGAAACCAUGGUUGCUGACAUGAAGGAGUUUGCUGUGUUUCUUAUGAGCUACCCUCGCAUGCACCGCCAGCCUCGUAGCACGUACCUGUUCAUGGACAGGUGUAUGUUUGGCCGCCAGAUGGAGAUGGAACACGCCAUCAACUUCUUGCUACAAGCGGAUCAGCAGAUUCUAGGGAAUGGAGAUCCUGGUGUCCUUCCAAUUGUUGGUUCUGCACUUAUUGGGAAAAGCACUCUUGUGGAGCAUGUUUGCGACGACGAGCGGGUGCGCAACCACUUCUCGUCGAUCUUGUUCUACACUGGAGACAGUCUCACUACAGAUGAAACGGCAACAACUUUCAGAGACAACUGUACAAUCAAGCACCAAAACAUCAACAUCGCCUCAGUUGAAGAAAGAUCCUUGCUUGUCGUCGAGCUCUGCGAAGACUUCGACGAAGACGCAUGGAGGGGGCUGCUGCGCUCUUCCACGAGAUCCCUGAAACAUGUGAGCAAGAUCAUAAUCACUAGCCGAUCAGAGAAGGUGGCCAGUCUCGGAACAACUGAGGCGGUCAGGUUAGAACGCCUGCCUGAAGAGGCCUACUGGUACUUCUUCAGGACGCUGGCGUUCGGGAGCACGGACCCCGAGGAUCACCCGGAGCUGACGUCCAUCGGCAUGGAGCUCGCCGUCGAGAUGCGUGGCUCAUUCAUGAACGCGUUCAUCAGCGCCGGCCUGCUGCUGGGACUGGGCGCAGACCGUCUCCGUGCCCGGACCUGGCGCAGGGUCCUCGCACAUUUCAGGGACUACAGGCAGAAGAACACCCUGCUGCUGGGUGGCGAGUACCCGCUCGACCUCCAGUCCCGGUAUGUCUGGAGCAUGGCCCAAGCGCCGCAUCUGGGUCGUCUCAAGCUGUUCCUGCUGCGCGAUAGCUACCAGAGAGGGCCGGAUGAUCGCACCGAGGUUACAAUGGAGGCACUCAUUUCUGCAGUUCUUGGUGAUCUUGCAAGCAGAGCCAUAUCCUUCGUGGUUGAUAAGUGCCGUGAGCAGAGAACCGCGGAAGAGGAUCUGCAGAGGCUCCAGCAGCUUCUUCUGAGGUUACGUGCCAUCGUCGAGGAGGCCGAGGGGCGGCAUGUCACUAACCGAGGGAUGAUCUGUCAGGUUAGCUUGAUGACAAAGCAAAUGUUCAGAGGGUACUACCUUCUCGACACCUUCAAGUGCAGAGAGAAGAAAGACAACAAUGAGGAGGUGAGUGUUUCCUCAUUCGUUCAAUCCAAAUUUAAUCCGGCUAAGCGUUUUCGCCGCCUUUCUAGCAACACUCAGAUUGAGAGCAUGGUAAUUGGUAGAGAAAGCAGCAAAGAGUUGAAACAGGCCGUUCUUAUCCUAGAAAGAAUGGUUGCUGAUAUGAAGGAGUUUGUUAUAUUUCUGAUGAGUUACCCUCGCAUGCACCGCCAACCUUAUGGUGCAUAUUUAUUUUUGGACAAGUUUAUGUUCGGCCGCCAAAUGGAGAGGGAACAAGCCAUCAGCUUCUUGCUACAAGCUGAGCCUCUAGGGGCUGAGAGAUUGGGUGUCCUUCCAAUCGUCGGUCCUGCACUUAUUGGAAAGAGCACUUUUGUGGAACAUGUUUGCGAUGAUGAGCGUGUGCGCAGUCAUUUCUCCUUGAUCUUGCUCUACAGCGGAAAUGACCUUAAAGGUGAAACUGCGAUGACUUUUAGGGAACAUUGCCUGAUCAAGCAUGAAAAUAUUGUUGCAUCAGGUAAAGAAAGGUCUUUGGUUGUCAUUGAGCUCUCGGGGGACAUGGAUGAAGGAGCGUGGAAGAGGCUGCUGCACUCUGCUGAAAGAUGCAUGACACGUGGGAGCAAAAUCAUAGUGACCAGCCGAUCAGAGAAGAUGGUCAGGUUUGGAACAACGGAAGCCAUCAAGCUAAGUUGUUUGUCUAAAGAAGCUUACUGGUAUUUCUUCAAGAUGCUCGUGUUUGGAAGCACGGACCCGGAGGAGCACCCAAGGUUAGCAUCCAUAGCCAUGGAGCUAGCACCCAGGAUGUGCGGAUCUUUCAUCUCCGCAUAUGUUGUUGCUGCCUUACUGAGAGAAAAUUUCAGUACCCGGUUCUGGUGCAGGCUUCUCAGAAACAAUAGUAAGUACAUGCAGAAGAAUGCAUUGUUGGCUGGUGAAUAUUUUGACGAGGAUAAGCCUCGGUACGUUAUGACCAUUACUGGAACACGGCGAGUUUCUGAGGAUCAUAAGCUCUUUCUGCUCCAUCAUAGUUAUCAAAAAGGGCCUGCUGCUCAGGGCGAAGUUCCGAGGAUAACACUGGUGGAUGUUCUAUUCAGUAGAUGGAGCACUGUGCCACGGGGCAAAUUUGAGGUCUUGUGCUGGAGGUCUCUCAUACCACCAUACUACAGCUAUAUAAAUGCUUGUGAGUUUGUGCGGCACAAGAACACAACACCGUAGUUCUCUUCUUGUAUACUCGAUCAAUUAUGUUUGGCUUACCAGAUUGGCACAUAUUAGACUUCCUUGCAUGUUGUUCUAAAUGUUGGUGCUUGAUUUAAGUUGAUUUGGUUCUAGACUGAUCGAUCAUAUAGGGAGUAUUACUGCAAUUAGAAUGCAGUAGAUCAUCAUGUAAGGUUAUGUUUGUAAUCACCUGUAUACUCUUGAUCUCAAUAAGCAAAUCCUUGGAAUAAAAUCUACUCCGUAUACAGGAGUAGUUGAUA